UGUGCACUGUAGACCUUUGCCACUAUUUGUUCACUGUACUCUGCUCCUCUCUGUAUCAAUAACAGCACUUCAUUUUGCUCUCUAAUGGCUUUAUUGCAGGAAUUAGCAUGUGAGCUAUUGCCUGGUGGUGAAAUGGAGGGAGCCAGCGUCAACAUCUUUGUCACUGUUCAGAAGAUCUACUACCCUUUACUUUGCAUCAUGGGUAUUCCAGCCAACCUCUUCACAUUCUAUAUGAUUUGCUUCCGAAAAUGUGGGAUGUCCAACACAGCCAUCAUUUACCUGAGCUGUCUGGCCAUUGUGGACACCUUUUACUUGGUAUGGGUGAUCCUCAUUGACUUGACCCUCACCUUCUGGCUGCUGCAGCCCUUCUGGCAUUCCCACCCGUGGUGUGGCAUCCUGGGAUUCCUGCAGUAUGGAUCCCUCUACAGCUCCUCCUGGAUCGUGGUGACAUUCACCAUAGAACGUUAUCUUGUCCUCCGCAGCACAGCAGCCAAGCGGCACUUCUCCCAGGCCUGGAUUACUAAAUUGACCUGUAUUUCUAUUGUCCUGUUGUCACAUCUUGUCUCUGUGCCACUUGGCUGGAUCAAUAUUGUCACUCCUGUUUCCUUUCCUGUAAAUGGGGAGAAUGUGACUCUUCCAAGGUGUCAUUACCAUGAUGAGACCUACACUACUAUUAUAGUGUGGAUCACCACUUUCCUCUCUGGGGGAAUUCCAAUUGUGUUGGUCAUCAUUUUCAACUACCUCAUUGGAUAUCAUCUUUGCCGUGCCAGCAACCUCUUCACCAAGGAGGAGCUUCGCGUCAUGCACGGGAGGAGCACCAGGGGCAUGUUGAGGAGGACCAUCCUGUUGCUGGGCACUGUCUCUGUUUCCUUUGUCGUUCUCAGCCUUCCUCGCUUUGUCACAUACUGCAUCCUGAGAACCAAGUACAACAACGAGAACUUCGACAGGAAUGACUAUAGAAUCCCUAUCAAUGUGGCCGGAGACUUAGCCAACAUGCUGCAGAACCUUAACUCCACCACUAACUUCCUGCUCUACUGUAUGGUCAGCCGGCGUUUUAGACGAGAGCUGGUCCAGGUGGUGACUUGUAAGUCAAAGGCACGUGAGCUUGGCUCUGUUCUCACCCACACUAUCAUGAAUGUCUUCUCAGUUGUGGAUCAUAAGACCUCACCAGCCAGCCACCCAGUGACUGUGGUACUUACCAGUCUCAAACAGACAGAGUAGAAAGGAACUGGAAACAAGGGCAAAGAUCAGACUUGAUAUAAUUGUUAAAGCCUAAAGUUUUAGUCUUGAUCUUGGAAAAAUUUAUUUUUUACAAAAUACUUUUGGAACCACGCUAAAUGGACUGCAUUAAUACAGUGUUUUUCACUACAUGUCAGAUUCAUAUAUAUAUAUUGUUGUGAUUUUGAAGAUUCCUUGACUUUUUCCACUAGUGCCACCUGGAGGUUGUCAUCAGUGUUACUGAAAGAACUGCCACAGCAGCUUUCUUUUUUUUUAUACUUUGUUUUUAUUGUCAUUUUUAGCUUUACAGUUUCAACCUGGAACCAACAUACACAAACAUUUACAGGGGCAUCUCAGGCAAGUGAAUAGUUUCCUUCUUAGUCAUUCUGAAGUAAUCUAGUUAUUUGUUGGCAUCACUUUCCAUGUAUUCGGUCAAAUAUCUCCAGUUCCUGUCAUGGAUAUGUCCUUUGACAGUUCUUUGUUCAGAUGUUCAGCUCUGUACCAGUUUUACUGGCUAUAAGUAAAAUUUUAGUCAGAUACCUG